AUUUCCGUUUCCGUGAAGACAGAAAGCCGCAGCAUCCUUAUUACCAGAGCCAGUUAACAACUAUUAAACUUUAAAUCGGGGUCUGAGGAUGUCUGGACAGAAGCGUCCUGCUGACCCCUGCGGACCCUCGUUCUCCGGAGCCCCGCCGGAGAAGCGGAGGGAGCGGGACGGAGAGGACGGAGGGCCCGGUGUCAGCGCUGGGGCCGGCGGCAGCACCGCGGUGGAGACGGUCAUCAAACUGGGAGGAGUGUCCAACUCUGAAGAGCAAGACAUCAAAGCUCUUCAAGCUAAAAACCGAAAGCUAGGAGAAGCUCUUGAUCAAAGACAGGUGAUUGAGGACGAGCUGCGAGAGCGGAUCGAGAGACUGGAGACCCGGCAGGCAACUGAUGACGCCAGCCUGCUCAUCCUCAACAGAUACUGGAAUCAGUUUGAUGAAAACAUUCGGCUCAUCAUCAGGCGCUAUGAUCAAUCAAACAGCGAACCGGAGAAAUCUCCACCAGGUGAGGGUCGGAGCCUAAAGCCGGAAACUCCUGAACCUGAUGGAGACUCUAACCAGGAGAGGGCCAAAGACAGAGGGCAUCAAGGGGAGACCUCCAACUCUUUUCUGGCGACGCUGGCGAGCAGCACCUGUGAGGAGAUGGAGACCGAGCUCCAAGAGCGAGUGGAGUCCAGCCAGAAGCAGGCCGGUCGUGUUGUGGAGAUCUACAAGAGCCUGAAGGACACCGUGGAUCAGCUAAAGUUGGAGUUAGACUCUGGACACGAGGGGAGUCUGAAGCAGGUAACUUCCAAGCUGAAUUCCCGCCUGGCCACUGAAAACGAACUGCUCCAGCAGCUGACAGAAGACCUCAAACAGAAACACAUUCACAUGACCAGUGAGUCCCGGUCUCUGGGUCGGGCGACUAACAAAGCAGACCAGCGCGUCACUGAGCUGCAGGCCCGGAUCGAGGAGCUCCAGUGGGACAUGGAGAAGAUCCGUCGACGAGAAAACAGACUGAACGCACACUUGAGCGAGAUACUGGAGAGGGUCAACAGCAAAGGCUAUAAAGUGUGUGGAGAGGCCAGCAGUGUUUGUGGAACCAUCACUAUUAACAAGAGAAAGUUUGAGGAAAUGAACAGCGAGAUGGAGGAGAACAGGGAGCUGGCAGAUAAUCGCUUCAUUGAGCUGCAGAAACUUCAGCAGGAUCUGCAGAACGUUCAACAGGAGAACAACAACAUGAAGACGGAGCUGCUCAGCCGAGCUGAAGGUUUGGUCAAGGAGACCUCUGAGUAUCGCUGCCUGCAGUCCCAGUUUUCUGUGCUCUACAACGAGUCCCUGAUCCUCAAGGCCCAGUUAGACGAGACUCGAGCCCGCCUCAACACGACAAGGACGGCACGGCUUCGGCAGCUGGAGCACAUGGAGAACGACGAGGUGGCUCUGCAGAGGAAGGUUCGCACAGAAGUGUUUCAGCUGGAGGACACACUGGCUCAGGUCAAGAAGGAGUACGAGAUGUUGCGUAUAGAAUUUGAGCAGACUCUUGCAGCCAACGAGCAAGCAGGUCCCAUCAACCGUGAGAUGCGUCACCUGAUCAGCACGCUGCAAACCCACAACCAGCAGCUAAAAGGAGAGGUGGUGAAAUACAAGCUGAGACUACGAGAGACUCAAGCUGAGCUCAACCAGCUUCGAAUGUCAAAGGGCAGCGCCAUUCUCCAAUCACAGUCGAGCACAGAGAUGGACGUGAAGGAGGAGACGACCUCUCCGUCAACUCCAGCUGUUUCUGGAGAAUCUGUGGUGAAGACGGAGCUGGACGACGCCUCAACACCCAGUAGCAUCGGCAACGCACUAAAAACAGAGCCCGGUGUAGAAUCAGAGGCGGCUGUAAAGGAAGAGGAAAAAGAGGAGAAAAAGGACAAGGAAGACAAAAAAGACUUUAUAAAGAAAGAGGAGAAAGAAAGGGAGCGGGAGAAGGAAAAGGACAGAGAGAGGCCCCCUCGAAGCAGCGGGAGCAGCAGCAGCAUCAUAAAGGAGGAGAAGCUGGGAAGCAGCAGCCAAGCCGAGGAGUUAACCGGAGAUCGUCUGUCUGUGGUCGGAGGAUCCAAGAGGAAGGAGAUGGAGCAGCUGAAAAUCGUUCGAACAGAACUCAAGAAGGCCCAGGAGUCCCAGAGGGAGAUGAAGCUGCUGCUGGACAUGUACCGAUCAGCACCAAAGGAGCAGAGGGACAAAGUCCAGCUCAUGGCUGCAGAGAAGAAGACCAAGUCAGAGGCAGAGGAGCUGCGACAGAGGCUGCGGGAGCUGGAGGAGAGGGAGAGGAGAGAGGGCAAGAAAAUGGCCGACGAAGAAGCUCUGAGGAAGAUCCGUUCUGUGGAGGAGCAGAUCGACAUCCUCAACAAGAAGCUGUCCAUAGCCAAGCAGGAGGAGGACGCGCUGCUCAGCGAGAUGGACGUGACGGGACAGGCCUUCGAGGACAUGCAGGAACAGAACAUCCGCCUCAUGCAGCAGCUCCGGGAGAAAGACGACGCCAACUUCAAGCUGAUGAGCGAGCGAAUCAAGUCCAACCAGAUCCACAAGCUCCUAAAGGAGGAGAAGGAGGAGCUGGCCGACCAACUCCUCACGUUGAAAACUCAGGUGGAUGCGCAGCUGCAGGUUGUGAGGAAACUUGAGGAGAAGGAGCGCCUCCUGCAGGGCACCAUCAGCACUGCAGAGAGAGAGCUGACGCUUCGAACGCAAGCUUUAGACAUGAACAAACGCAAGGCUCAGGAGUCAGCUCUGCAGUCGGAGGAGAUGCGGGGUCAGUUGGAACAGGUUCAGCAGAAGCUCAAACUGGUCCGAGAGGAGGUGGUCGAAAACAGCAUCUCCAGGGAAAAGGAAUCAUUCAACGCCCAACGAGCUCAGGAGGACAUCUCCAAACUCAGGAGAAAGAUCGAGAAGGCCAAGAAACCUGCUGAGAAAAUCAGCAACGGAGACGAUAUCCUGAACGAAGAAAUUAGUGAAUACAAGGCCCGUCUGACGUGCCCGUGCUGCAACUCUCGGGUGAAGGAUGCCGUCCUCACAAAGUGCUUCCACGUCUUCUGCUUCGAGUGCGUCAAGACGCGCUACGACACCCGCCAGAGGAAAUGCCCCAAGUGCAACGCCGCCUUCGGCGCCAACGACUUCCAUCGCAUUUACAUCGGAUAAAUCCACGACCACGCUCUCUCUUUCUCUCUACGCUCAGAACGAAGAGGGGCGGUCAAACAAGACAUGGACAAAACUGCACCUGAAGCUCUCGUCUCUGGCAGGAUGCUGUCGAUGUGAAGUCACAUGAUGCGUUCAGGGAUGCUCUGACUAAAUGACUUUAAUAUUUAUAUUUUUAAACCACGACUCCUUCGAGCAUCCACAGCUUUGGUGGUGUUUAUUGGAGCAGAAAGAAUCAUUUCAUCAGGAACUGAAAGAAACUUGUGGUGCAUUUGUGUGCUUUCAUUUAAAAACAGGCUUUUCAAGG